CUUAUUGUGAAGCGCACCGCUCAAACGUCACGUCCGGUAGUUUUUCCCGUCUCCUCCGGUUGAGGCAGAUUGUCACAACACCGAGCUAACGCUAACAUCUAUUGUCAGCUCGUUUCUCACAGCGCACACCGGAGGGAAACCAUGUCAGACACGGAGACAAAACCAUCCAGCCAAGACGGAGGGGACAAGAAGGAUGGAGAGUACAUCAAGUUAAAAGUGAUUGGUCAGGACAGCAGCGAAAUCCACUUUAAGGUGAAAAUGACGACACAUCUGAAGAAGCUGAAGGAGUCUUACAGCCAGAGACAGGGAGUCCCAGCGAGCACGCUAAGGUUUCUGUUUGAAGGACAGAGAAUCGCAGACAACCAAACUCCAAAAGAGCUGGGGAUGGAGGACGAGGACGUCAUCGAGGUUUAUCAAGAACAGACCGGCGGACUUUGGAACGAUUAAACCUCCUGCAUUUCUAAAUCUUUUUUUUUCUUUUUCCCCUUUUUGUAUUUUAUUUUGUAUGUAUGUAUGUAUUUUUGUUCCGUUUCAAACCAUCUGGAUCAAAACCGACUCUAUCAGGGCUUCCAUGUGCAAGGGCGGGUAGUGAACAGACUGAGGUAAGGACGAGGAACAGGACAAGCGGGUCUCUGAAGUGCAGGGAUGCUCGUGUUGUUGACCCGAGCAAUAGCGUUCAACGUCUGUGUUAACACCCAAAUUUACUCAGACAAACAUCUUGUUUGUGUUUUGUCUUUUGUGCUGUCUUUUUGGGGUGUUGGCAGAGGCAACUAAUGCUGUCAAGGAACAUUAAAGGAGUAGUUCACCAUACAAGGAAAAUGUCCAUCUGAUCACAAUUAUUCCGAUAUCACAGUGCACUCGUACAGCUCUGUGUCAGCCCUCUCCAAAAGAGUUAAAGUCUCCGUGAACGUUCAGUGAACAUUGACAGAUAUCUCCAAACAGCCCCUGCUAUGAUUUAAGGGGUCUGAAGCCAAACAGUUGUUUAUCUUGUAGAUUUUUAGCGAACAUGUGACGUCACCUGUUGUUCACCUUUCAGGCAAAUCUGCAGCUACAUUUUUGUGGCCUGAAAACGAAAUGGCUUUAAAUUAGAAGUAAAAUUUUCACUAUAGACCUUUUUCACAGCAGCCGUUUUAACAUGAUAUAGUAGGAUAAACACAGGCACUAAUGGCACUAAUUAAGGUUCCUCCCUGUAGGUCAAACAGAUCUGUGUCGUAUAACAUUUCUAAUCAAAGGGUUUUAUGCAAAAGGAAGUAAACGCCUGCUGUUAUUAGACGCUUUCCGUCAGUAUCAUUGGCAACAACCUGUGUUUCACUGUAAAACCAGAUUCAAAGAUAUGUUGAAACUGAUUACAUUGGGAGAAAAAAUUUAAAAACAUUGUUGAUCAAGUAGCUUUAUAAUUUUUAUUUGUACUGUGAAAACAAAAGUAAAAAGUACUUAAUCAGGAACGUUUCUGUAACUGACUAAGUUAAUGUGACGUAAAAUGACUAGUAAAAGCUGCUUAAGAAUCUUUUUUAACUUACAGAGUUGAGUUUGUGUUAAAAUGUUCGAUAUGUAAAAAGUUUAUCUGAGUUCAAAUAACUUUACAGUGUGUUUCAUGUCCAAAUGGCUGCCGUGUUAAAGGUUGAUGGGGAGCCACCUGAGAACAGACGGACUCCUUACGGGCUUUAAGUUUGAGGAGGCUGAUGCAAAGCAGUGUCAGCUGAGCAGAUAAUGUCAGAAAAAGAUUUUUAAAUUUGUGUUUGACAAGCAGUGACUAAAAAAACUGCUCGCGGGG